AUGACAACCCACCUGCGUGUGGCCGACGUGAACGACGUUCUGGACCGGCUCCGCCUCCAGUUCCACGCCAAGGGGACCCAGCAACUCUCGGACCUUGACGCCUACUGUGCCCGCAUGGACACUGCAAACGCUGGGACCCUGGGGCGCAAAGAGCUCGAGACGUGCCUCAACUACUUUGGCUUGUUUCCGACGACCCAAGAAAUCGGAGUGCUGGUCCGUAGCUUUGGAAGCACGUGCGGGUCGAGUUCGAACAUUCGCUGGCGCAACUUUGUGCUCGCGCUAAGCGGGGAGUUGUCCACCGCGCGCGAAGCGGCAUUGCGCCACGCCUUUGCGUCCGUGCCGAGUGGCAGCGUGGCCGACGUGGCGGCCGCCGGGCACUUUGACGACCACCCGCUCGCCGUGCGCGGCGUGCUGCGCGGCGACGACGUCCGUCACGCCUUUGUCGUCGGGCUCGCCAAAGCCCAGGUUGGCGACGAUGCGAACAAUGACGUGACGUGGCAAGCGUUCCGGACGUACUACGCCUCGGUGAGCCUCGCGUUUGCUUCCGACGACGAGUUUGUGGCGAUGCUGCGCGACGUGUGGCGUCCGUCGGCGCUCCACGUGGCGCUGCCCAGCGUCCUCUUUGGCAACAAGCGCAGCGUGCUGCUUGAAAAGCUCGGCCAGCGCACGCACAAAGAAGAGAACGAGCGCGAUGUCUUGCUGCGCGCAUUGCGCAAGCACGACGCAAGCGAAACCGGCUACGUGGCACCGCACGAGCUGCAGAGAGCCUGUGAAGUCCUCGGCCUUGUCGUGAGCCUCGACGAAGUGCAUGACACGUUUGCGGCCGGCACGCGGGAUGCGCGCGGGAAGCUCUCGAUCGCGUGGUUUGCCGACUUUAUCUGCGCCGACAGCAUUGCAUGA